GCAUCACUGUGAUCGUUGAGGGCGACAGAUGUACAUCAGUCGCGAUUCUGGCGUCUCCACAGCUGGGUGGUCUGAGGGCUUGGUCGGCACAAAAAACAGCCGAAAAUGCCCCCAAACCAAAAUCCAUCAGGUAGCAGAGGGAGGAUUUUUCAGAAGGUGGUCUAUAUAACAGUGUUUAUGGCCUUUAGAGAGUUGGUGACGCAAGGUAAAACCUUUAUGGUUAAUUUUAUUACGGAAUUGAACAUGGUUAUCUGGCGAGGAGGGUUUAUACACGAGCCCUGCUCCUCCCUAGGCGAGAUCCUGCAGGUCCACAGGUACAAAGGUACAUUUUGAAUAACAAUAGCGCAAUGUGUGUGCUGGAUAGCACUGUUGCCGUUUGAAUUUGGUCGGGUGUGACCGUUUGCUUUUUAAAGUAACUGAAUAUGCAGUGCGGCUAUUGUCAUAACGGCGAGACGGGAAUGCUUGUUGAGGCUAUAUGGCGUCACGGGCCAGCGCGCUCAAAUUCAAAUGGCGUUUCAGUUGUCGUGUUGCGCUGGUGUUGGUAGCGCUCGUACAGGCCUUCGACCACGGUCAGCUAUGGAGGAAGUAUACGACGCAAUUGAGGAGAACGCUGGGGCCUACGGAGACGCUGGUGGGCCGGUCGGGGCAUUGUUCAAAGGCCUUUGCUCCGCAUUCAAGAUUUCGGAGAAGUGUUUCCUGGCUUUAGUAGAGGACGGAUGGGAUGAGGUGCAGCAGUUAGCAGACUUGACAGGGGCCUGGAAGGCGCAUGUCCUUGCCUUGGCGCCAAAUGGGGGCCAGAAAAGAAAUCUCGAAAAACUGAUCGAGCGGGUGGAGGCCGGCCCUCUGGAGGGGCAGGUGCCUAAGAGAAAGCGCCUGCACGAUGAGACGGACCAGCCUUCCCAAGUGGCUGCAACCCAACAGGAGCCAGACAAGGAUCAAGGUGCAGGCCCCAGCGGAUCAGCGGCAGCAGGUCAGACCGCUACGGAAUCGACUACCUCCCAGGCCAGGUCGGCUUUGGAGGUACACAAACCCCGCCGCAGGGAGCUAUUGAGGGCUUGCACAGAGACGGGCUAUGACAGAAAUGUGGCGUACGUUAUGUCCCUUCUGCGCAAAUACGUAGACGAGUUCAUUCCCCUGUCAACAGAGGACUGGAAAGAGAAACAGCUAUAUGUAAACAUCCUGUCUGAGUGUACAAAGCAUGUAGAGGCAAAGAUGGAGGGAGUGGCAAUGUACAUCUAUAAAUCCAUAACAGGGGAAGACUCUGACAAGCGUCUACGUUUUGCUAGAAAGCACUUGGGGUUGACUUCCCCGCCCGUUGAUAUCAGAGGGCGAAUGUCCAACCAAGGGGGGCAAAAUAGGGGCAGACAAGGGGCACAAUACAGAACAGGUUACCAGCAGUUCCGUCAGUCCUUUGGUCCUCGAGGGGCCUUUGCGGCAUCUAGGUUGCGAGAUACAUGUUAUCGGUGUCAAAAGAAAGGGCAUUUUGCCAGAGAUUGUAAGGAGAUCAUAUAGUGUCUAUUGUAUAAGGGGCACAGCACACAAGGGCUAAACAAGACGAAGGGACAGGAAAGAAUAAGGAAGAAAACAAAAUGAAAAGUUGGUGUCAAUGAAUCCCUUGAUCUUUGAGUGACAGAAUAGGGAUAUAAAUACCGUGUGGUCAAGCGAGGUCGGGGCUGCUUAGAUGAAAAGUGAGAUUAUAACUGAGGAAAAUCGAUCCUUCAUAUUAUGUUGAGUGGAGUGUUUGAGACUGAAUAAAACAGCAUAGAAAUCUCUUGCAUCGGG